GUCAACCUAUUAAAACCUAAAACCUAUCAAAAAAUUCGUUUUGGCUGUUUGUCUGUUUCAAAAUUUAUUAUUUUUUUUUUUUUGGCUUAUUGUUUUUGUGCAUAUUUCCGCUAUGACUGUCAAUGUUGAUAAGAAGCAUAUUCCGUACUAUGUGAAGCCCAUCAAGCAUGGGUUAGGCGGAAUGAUGGCCACAGUCAUUUUGCAGCCGCUGGACUUCAUAAAGACCCAAAUGCAGCUGGCUAUCAAGGGCGAGUACAAGAGCUCCCGAGAUUGUCUGACGAAGGUGGUCAAAAACGAAGGAAUCCGGGCCUUGUACAAAGGAUUAAGUGCCGGAUUGAUGCGACAGGUGACGUACCCGACGGCUCGAAAUGGAUUUGCUGACAUGUGGAUCCAUUAUUACCGCAAGCAGUACAACGCUGGUCCGACUCAUUGGGAACGUAUGGGAAUAAUAGGUUUAGGCUCAGCUUUUGGAGCCAUGAUCGCAAACCCGGCGGAGGUGGCCAUGAUCCGGAUGAUGUCCGAUAAUCGGUUGCCGCUGGAGGAGAGGCGCAACUAUAAAAAUGUAGUUGAUGCUUUUGCUAGGAUCGUAAAGGAAGAGGGAGUGCUCGUCCUCUGGCGAGGAUGCAUGCCAAACAUGGGUCGUUCCAUGGUGGUCUACAUGUUGCAAUUCGGUGUCUACUCCAAGUCAUGGCGCGUAAGCUCCGAAUACUUCUCUGGUCGACUGCCGCGGCAAAUUUCGUCCGCGAUGUUGACCAGCGUGGUGACCACCAUGGCCUCAAUGCCCCUCGAUAUGGCCAAAACGAGAAUCCAGCAGCAGAUGACGGGCGAGUACAAGGACACCUUCGAUGUCCUGAUGAAGGUGUCCAAGAGCGAGGGUAUUUUUGCUCUGUGGAAGGGCUUCACACCCCACCUGUUACGUAGAGGUCUGCACAUUGUGUUUGCGGGCAUAUUUUUCGAUCAGCUCACUAAAGCCUACAAGCGUUAUGUGCUCGGUGACGACUAAAUUGGUUUUACCUUCUCUUAGGUAUCAACCAAUAUGGGGCAACGGAAUUGCAAUAAUUUCAAACUUGUUCUUACAACAAGAAUCAAAUUUACGUCAGUGUAUAAAUUUCUUUUCCUCUGGGUCCAAUAUCUAUCCGUAAUAAAAAAUAAAUAAAAC